UCAGCCCACUCACGUUUUGCUCAACUCGUAGCACUUUUAACUUGCUCCCUACCGCUGGUGAUAUCUGCCCUGCGCCCAACCAUUGGCAUUUCCACCAGAUAUGGUCAAGGCAAAUGUCGGGGGAAACCCCGAGCCGGGAAUCUACAGCGCAACGUAUAGCGGUAUUCCAGUAUGGGAGUAUCAGUUUGGUCUCGAUCUCAAGGAGCAUGUGAUGCGCCGUCGCCACGAUGACUGGGUCAACGCUACACACAUCCUCAAGGCCGCCGGCUUCGACAAGCCCGCCCGAACGAGAAUCUUGGAGCGCGAGGUACAAAAAGACACCCACGAGAAGAUACAAGGCGGAUACGGAAGAUACCAGGGCACCUGGAUCCCGCUCGAACAAGCCGAAGCCCUCGCUCGCCGCAAUAACAUCUACGAACGGCUAAAACCCAUCUUCGAGUUCCAACCGGGCAACGAAAGCCCUCCUCCUGCACCUAGACACGCCAGCAAGCCAAAGGCCCCCAAGGUCAAGCCUGCUGUUCCGACAUGGGGCAGUAAGUCGGCAAAGAACGCCAACCCUUCUCAGCCUGGCAGCCUCUUACCAGCAGGUCGCAAAGGUCUUCCCGUACAAGCCCAAGACUACAACGAUGCCGAUACCCACAUGCACGACGACGAUACCCCCGAUAAUCUUACCGUUGUCUCGGCCUCCUACAUGGCCGAGGACGACCGUUACGAUCAUUCACACUUCUCGACCGGGCAUAGGAAACGGAAGCGAGACGAGUUGAUAGAGGAUAUGACGGAACAGCAGCAUGCCGUCUACGGUGACGAACUACUGGACUACUUUUUGCUCUCUAGAAACGAGCAACCUGCCGUACGGCCCGACCCUCCUCCCAACUUCAAGCCUGACUGGCCCAUCGAUAACGAGCGUCACACAUGUCUUCAUUGGGCCUCUGCCAUGGGCGAUGUCGAUGUUGUGAGGCAGUUGAAGAAGUUCGGAGCUAGCUUGGACGCGCAAAACGUACGGGGAGAGACACCGUUUAUGCGUGCGGUAAACUUUACCAACUGCUUCGAGAAGCAGACCUUCCCACAGGUCAUGAAGGAGCUAUUUUCCACCAUCGAGUGCCGAGAUGUGUCAGGAUGCACAGUCAUACAUCACGCUGCUGUGAUGAAGAGUGGGCGUGCGAACAGCCAGUCCUGCUCGCGGUACUACCUAGACAUCAUCCUUAAUAGGCUGCAGGAGACACACCAUCCCGAGUUCGUACAACAGCUUCUCGAUGCUCAGGAUAACGAAGGUAACACGGCGGUCCACCUUGCCGCCAUGCGCGAUGCCCGAAAAUGCAUUCGGGCUCUCCUCGGCCGGGGCGCCAGCACCGACAUUCCUAACAAGCAAGGCAUCCGUGCCGAAGAGCUGAUAAAAGAGCUCAAUGCCUCCAUCUCCAAAUCCCGGUCCAACCUCCCACAACGAUCCUCAAGCCCUUUCGCCCCCGACACCCAACGCCACGAUGCCUUCCACGAAGCUAUCUCUGAGUCCAUGGCCACGAGCCGCAAGAACUCACAGCAGAAAUACAGCAGCGACGCGGCCAACACGGUGCAAAAUCGCAUCACGCCAUUGAUCCUCCAGAAGCUCAAGGACCUCACAGCCUCCUAUGACAGCGAGUUCAAGGAGAAAGACGAAGCCGAGAAGGAAGCCCGCCGCAUCCUCAACAAGACCCAGUCAGAGCUCAAAGCCCUCACCGCAUCCAUCGACGACUACAACUCCCGCCUCGACUCGGACGACGUCGCCGCCAAGAUGGCCGCGGAGAUGGCCACGGCGCGACAUAAGGUGUUGGCGUUCGUGACGCACCAGAACCGCAUAUCCGUGCAGGAGGCCGUGCAGCAGGAGCUGGCCGCACUGAACGGCUCCGUCACGAACGGCACCGUCAAAUCCUCCAAAUCGUCUCCAUCGAAGAAGCCCAAACUCUCCCCUUCCGCAGCAGACCAAAAAGACAAAACCCCCAAGGACGAAAACGAAAACGAAUCAGAAGCCGAACAAUCACAACACCCAGACCAACCCCCCGCAGCCCAAGAACAACCAGGUCCAUCAUCCCAAGACACCGAAGUCGCAGACCAAGAUCAAGACCACGAAGAAGACGACUACACCCACCGCCUCUCCCUCGCCGCCGAGCUGCGGUCCAUCCUCCAAGAACAGCGCUCAGCAGAAAACGACUACGUCGAAGCCCGCGGCAUGCUAGGCACAGGCGAGCGCAUCGAUAAGUACAAGCACCUCCUGAUGUCGUGUCUGCCGCCGGAUGACCAAGAGAACCUAGAGGAAAAUCUGGAGGAGAUGAUCAAGUUGAUGGAGCAGGAGGAUGAGAGCGUUACUGACCUACCUGCUGGUGCCGUGGGUGGUGGGGCUGCCGACGGUUCGGGAGGAGGGAGUGGUGGAGGGGGGAGUAAUGGGAGGAGGGAGAGCAUUCUUCCGGCGCUGAGGGGCGGGAAUGGAGACGGGGAGUUGCCGAGGAGAGGGAGUAGACCUGCUGCUGCUGCUGCUGCUGCCCAGGUGGAUGGAGAGAGGGAGAGGGAAAGUAAUGGGAAUGGCCGAGCUGAACGAACCGGAACCGAACGAAUCCAAGAAAUCGCGGCUGUUUAGGAUGUGGACGCGAUGAAUAUGGCUGGGUGGUGGCAGGGACCACAAGGACCGCAGGGACCGCAGGAACCCCAGGAACCGCAGCGGGGUGAUGGCUAUGGAUAUGGUUAUGGUGU